UAUUUAUAGAAAUAAUUGCCUAUGAAGCCAAGCAAGAGACCUGUGACCAUGUCACUUGACUGUUGGCUUGUCUGUCAGUAGAGUGACUUUCUGGAAAUCAUCCCGCUCUCCGAUAAAAAAAUCAGUUCUCCGCAGUGGUAAGUGACUUGGUUUUAUCAUCGCUUUUGGUGCAAACAAAAACCAGCUUGGCGACGUUGUUUGCUCGACAUUUUGGCACAUUCCUGCCAGACGCCUGCCCACAUUCGUCAGCCCGAAGGACGAGACAGCCGGGGCAAGGAUGCGGGAAGGGGGCGGCAGUCUGUGAGGCCGAUAAGAGCCGUAACCCCCCCCACCCAACACGCAUCACUGAUAAGGAUAAGAGCUGACUUUCACCACACGGCACAUGGGUCCUUUCACCAACGAGUGGUGUAGGAAGCCACCACACAUUAAACUCACCACACACCAACGAAAGCCGGCUCUCUUUUGUGCGACUGCGUCGGGUCACUCGGCUUAUCCUUCGGCUGUGAUAAGACCCAGCUUCGUGCGACGGCCGAAGCCCCCGUUCGGGUCACCUGCUGGCGGCACUCGGGGCCACCAGUCAGUUCACUCGGGAGCGUGGCGGAGUUCGUUUAGCGGCGGGCCAACGGUGCGGAUACUUGACUUGGGCCUGGGCCGAGCUGCCAACUUAAUGUGUGAGCCCAAAUGCCCAUAAACAAUUCAUCAGAAAGCGAGCAAACAAACGAAAGCAAACAACAGAUAUUGUUUACAAUUGCCUAAAAGGGCAGGAGACAAGCAAAUAAAAUAGUUUUGCAAAUUCAUUCCAUGACAAGUGGCUAAAACAAUAAGCACAAAACGUUUUAAAACUCUAUCUCGAAAUACAAACAAUGAACGGCAGCAGCAACAGCAGCAGCAGCGGCAAUAUCAACGGCAGCAACAGCAGCAACACCAAGUGCAACAGCAACAUCAUGGCAACAAUAUCAACAUCGUCAGCAGCAGCAGGUCCAGUCACUCGGUCAUCAACGGAAACAACAACCAUGUUCUAUGGCUAAUACAAAAGCUACAAACAACAAAUCGCCAACAACAACUAAGCCAAAAGUUCGCCAAAGCAUUUGAUGCUAAAACAACAAAGGAGAAAACAACAGCAGCAGCAGCCACAUCAACAUUGGCAACACUUUUACGAGUUGCCAACUACCUUGUCCAACGAAUUUUUAUUAUUGCACAAGGCCUGAUCCUCAUCCGGAAUCAUUCUAGUUCGAGUAUGCGAUGGCAGCGGGAAGAGCAGCCGCGACGCUGGAGGCUCCGGGUCCGCCCAGUGGUCAGGACAUAGCCAGCGACAACAGCGCCCAGAGCCGCACGCUGGCCACGAAGGUGCGGCGAAAAGGGCCACGCCCCCAGCGGCGCCUGCACCCGCCCCUGCGAUCCCGCCCGCCGCUCCACCAGCCGCUCCACCAGCCGCUCCAGCGGCCCCACCUGCUCCACCUGCUGCUGUGGCUGCUGUGCUGCUGCUGCCAACUGGGCCAGCUGAGGGCCGAGUGCCCGGCGGUGUGCGAGUGCAAGUGGAAGAGCGGCAAGGAGUCCGUCUUGUGCCUUAACGCCAACCUUACCCACAUCCCCGAGCCGCUGGACGGGGGCACCCAGCUCCUGGACCUUAGUGGCAAUGAGAUUCAAUCGAUACCCGACGAUAGCUUCGCGAAGGCCCAGUUGCUCAAUCUGCAGAAGGUGUACUUGGCCAGGUGUCACCUGCGUCUGAUCGAACGGCAUGCCUUCCGCAAGCUAAUUAACCUGGUGGAGCUGGAUCUCAGUCAGAACCUGCUUUCGGCCAUACCCUCGCUGGCCCUCUACCAUGUCUCAGAACUCAGAGAACUCCGACUGAGUGGCAAUCCCAUACUGAGAGUACCGGACGAUGCUUUCGGCCAUGUGCCACAACUGGUCAAGCUGGAGCUGAGCGACUGCCGGCUGUCGCACAUUGCGGUGCGGGCCUUUGCCGGACUGGAGAGCAGUCUGGAGUGGCUGAAGCUGGACGGGAAUCGGCUGAGCGAGGUGAGGAGUGGCACCAUCACCUCGCUGGCCUCGCUCCAUGGCCUGGAGUUGGCCCGCAAUGCCUGGAAUUGCAGCUGCUCCUUGCGACCGCUGAGAUCCUGGAUGCUGCAGCAGAAUAUACCGAGUGGCAUACCGCCCACGUGCGAAUCGCCGCCGCGAUUGUCUGGCCGAGCUUGGGACAAACUGGAUGUGGAUGACUUCGCCUGCGUACCGCAAAUUGUGGCCACAGACACCACAGCCCAUGGGGUGGAGGGCAGGAACAUAACCAUGAGCUGUUAUGUGGAGGGUGUACCCCAACCGGCGGUUAAGUGGUUGCUGAAGAACCGCCUGAUAGCCAAUCUAAGUGCUGGCGGGGAUGGGGACUCCGAUUCGGAGCCCAGGACGGCGGCAGCCACGCAGGGCAGGAAGACGUAUGUGGUUAAUAUGCUGAGGAAUGCCUCGAACCUCACCAUUCUCACGGCCGACAUGCAGGAUGCGGGGAUCUAUACGUGUGCGGCGGAGAAUAAGGCUGGCAAAGUGGAGGCCAGUGUUACAUUGGCCGUGUCCCGACGACCUCCGGAAGCGCCGUGGGGCGUGAGGAUUAUACUGCUGGGUGUUAUAGCCGCCCUGCUCCUGGUUGGCGGAUCCUCCUUUGCGGCCAUUUGUCUGUGCUCUCUGCAGAGGCGGCGAAAGCUGCGUCUGUGGAACUCUGUGCCGCCGGUGAGGAGGAGUGAAAGCUACGAGAAGAUCGAGAUGACGGCCAGGACGAGACCGGAUCUGGGUGGUGGGGCCAGUUGUGGGGGAGGCAGUGCCACGGGCGCCGGCCUCUUCCACGAUGCCGAGGAGCAGGGCUAUCUGCGGGCAGCCACCCACACCCCCCUGACCGACAAUGAUGCUGGACAGGCGGCUGCCAUCGUGAAUCCGAGUGCGGGAAGUGCCCAGCGGAGAAACGGGGACUACCUGCACGUUUCCACCCACUGCGACGAUGAGGAGGAGGAGCAGCAGCAGCAGCAGAUGCACCACCACCCUCAGCACCACCCACAUCCACAUCCCAAUCAGCAGCAGCAGAGGAAAGGCUCCCAGGGCCAUGUUGCCUCCGCAUCCGGGACGAAUAAUUCAGCACCGCUGGAGGAAACGGAUCUGCACAUACCGCGCCUCAUCGACAUCGGCGGAACCGAUUCCGCUUCGAGUUCGAUCUCCAGCCAGGUAGAUGCCGCUGCCCGCUUAGCGGGCUAUGCCGGCCACACCUGGAAGACCACGCCCAUUGCCACCACCAAGAUCAAUUCGCCCCACAGCAACCCAGCUGUCUCAUCGGCAUCCUCGUCCCUGAAUGCCCAGGGCACGGGCUCGAGCACGGCCACGCCCUACGCCCACUACGGCAAUCAUCCGGCGGAUGAGAUGGCCACCUCGGUGUUCUGCAGCGAGGGCCAGGAAAGCGACCUGUUCGACAGCAACUACCCAGAUCUGCUGGACAUAGCCAAGUAUGCGGUGGCCCAGGCCCAGCAGCAGGAAAGUCGGGGGCAGGGCUACGGCCAGGCCACGCCCGCUCCCAACGGCGGUCUGUGCACCCUGCCCCGGAAGCUGAAGACCAGUGGGAAAUACUUCCGCAACUCCUCGGACAGUCAGUCACCGCUGCUGGCGGACAAUUCCAGUAAGUACGGCAGUAGCACCCUGGGCGAUGGGAGCUUUCUCAACGAGGCCAUGGGCCUGGGCAGAAGAUAUUCGGCGGAGUCUAGUUAUGCGAACUAUUCAAGCACGGCCACCUACACGGGCGGUGGCCAGAGGGCCAAUAGUUUCCUCAACCUGGUGCAAAGUGGCGCCCACAAGGGCAAUCUGCUGUCGGGUCAUCUGGGUCAGAAGCCCAGUCUGCCCUCUAGUCCCGUGCAACAUCAGCGAUCCCUAUCGAGUGCGGCCACGCCCCUGCUGGACUUCUCGGCCUUGGCUUCGAGGGCGGCUGGAGCUGCCAACUCUUCGGUGGCAGCCUAUGACUAUCAUGCCGCUCAGCUGGAGCGAUUCCUUGAGGAGUACCGCAACCUACAGGAUCAGCUGUGCAAGAUGAAGGAGACCUGCGACACGAUCCGGAAAAAGGAAACCCCCCUGCGAGUGGCCAUCGGCCAGUCGGCUGCCCAGUUGGCGGACCCCGUGAUGUACAGUGCAGCCUCGCACAGUCCGAAACCACAGGCGACCAGCAAUCUAAAGACGAAGACCCUGCUGCCAGGACAACCGCCGGAUCCACCGCCCUACUGGCUGCACCGCAACGCCAUGCUGAAGCGGUUGAACGGGGAUGGGAGUGGCGGUACGAAUGGUGGCUCCGGAAUGGGUUCCCCAUCGCCCGCCUCCCCGCAGCCCGGACAGGAUAUUUUCAAGAGCUAAUCGCAAUCGUGUACAGCCGGAGGAUUAAGUGAGGGGGCAGGAGGAAGAUCGUGAGCCUUCGGAACGCCGAAGAUGGCUUGAGCUUGCAGGAAUUUUAAAAAGGGUCUAUAAACAGUAGUAACAAGUGAAAAUGUAAUUUGAAUUUUUUUAAAACAUAGAAAGUUGUCCUUUUCCAAGUUCUUGAUAAAAACAUUUUAAAUAUUUGAAAACCUAUUUGUAAUUAUUGCAAUAUCUAAAUGCAUAUCAAAAAAAAAUAUAAUUUAUGAAUAAUUUGUGCACACCUUCUAAAAAUUGUAUUAUGGUCAAAUACUUUGGAUUUAUAAUAUGAGGUUUUAAAAAGUUUUAUUGGCAUCUUAUUAUAUUUUAUAAGUUUAGACCACUCAUAAAUUUAUUUGAAUUUUAAGAAGACUUAAACCAAAACUUAAAAGUUCUUAGAACACACAUUUAAAUAAAUAUAAAAGACCAUUUAAGCCUAAUCCCUGCAAGCUCUCGCCCGUCGAUAAAAUGCAUUUGUCUGGAUAGUUAGUUAGGCCUAGGUAGCUGGAGGACAUUCAACUGGUUCGAUACCCAGCCCCUCUGUUGUAUUAUAGAAACACUUUUCCACUCUUUAUACUCGCUACUAUGCAAUAUUAAACACGAUCCCGAAUACAAACGGAAUACAAACAAACAUAAGACAUUGUAAGUGUAUAGACAGCAUUCCCCUAGAAGAAAGACACUAUCUCUAAAAACACACCUAACGGAACCUAAUCCUAGAACCCCCAGAAAGCUCUCGUGUUAGUCUAACUACAAGUGUUUUUGUACUUUAAGCGAUCUCAAUAUAAACAAGGAUAAUAUAGAUGACCUUAAAUAUCAUAAGUAUGAGUUGGCACAGACUGCAGAUCGAUAGAUUGAUUGAUAUUGUUUGAUUGUUAGAUGUUUGUUUUUCAGUUUCGCAGUUCAGGUCACAAAUUGUAAGCCAAUUAGAUCCAGACUCUAAAUUGUAAUUUAAAAAGAAAAACGAUAAAGAAAAAAACCAAAAACGUAUUUUAGGGUGUCACUAAACUAAAGCUCGAAAGCAUUUCACCCAAACCAACAAGAGAAAGCAAAAAUAAAAUUAGUUGAGAAUUGAAAGAAAAACAAAGAAAGUAAGA